AUGCCGCCUCACCAGACCCCCGAAGACGCCGAUAUCUCGAGCUCCAAGCAGCGUGUGGACCUCAUUAUCUUCGCGUCCCACGUGAUCCCCGUGAUUCCGCGCAACGUGGUUCUUUCGGACCAUGCAAUUGUCAUUGAUAACUCGCGAAUCGUGGCUCUACUGCCUCGUGACGAGGCGCAAAAGCUCUUCAUCGGCACAGAGGAGCGUCAUCUUUCCAACCACAUCGUCACUCCAGGACUUGUGAAUCUGCAUACGCACUCGGCCAUGACGCUACUGCGUGGCCUGGCAGACGACAAGCCGCUGUGUGACUGGCUCAUGCAGGAUAUUUGGCCCACUGAAGGCGCAUUUGUUGGCCCGGACUUCAUCAAGACCGGCAUGACCCAUGCCGUGGCCGAGAUGCUACGCUGCGGCACUACUUGCUGUAAUGACAUGUACUUCUUCCCUGAUCAGAUAUGCGAGGUAUUGGAGACUACGGGCUUCCGUGGGGCAGUGGGGCAGGUGGUCAUGGAGUUCCCAGGCCCGUACGGCUCUGGAGCCGACGACUAUUUCAACAAGGCCAAGCCGAACCUUGAGAAGUACGCACCUGGUUGCCACGACCUCAUCACAGUGACGAUGGCGCCUCAUGCUCCGUACACCGUCUCAGACAAGAGUCUGCGACAGGCGGACGCGCUGGCCAGAGAGCACAAGGCUCGUGUGCACAUUCAUCUGCACGAGACGGCGAGCGAAUGCAACGACAGUGAACAACUGAACCGCCAGUCGAUGAGUUGCCACCAGAGCGACCAGAAGCUGCGUCCAUUGGCUAAUUUGAAGCGCAUGGGUUUGUUGUCUGAGCACCUCAUCUGUGCGCACAUGACGCAACUCACAGCCGAGGAGAUCGAGGACGUCGCGGAGGCUGGAGCCCACGUGGCUCACUGUCCGUCGUCCAACCUCAAGUUGGCGUCUGGUAUCGCUCCUAUCACAGCGAUGAUUGAGCGCGGAGUGAACGUCGGUAUCGGCACGGACGGAGCGGCCAGCAACAACUCGCUCGACAUGUUUGGGGAGAUGAAGCUGGCUGCGAUCUUGGCCAAGGCGCAGACGUUGAAGAGCUCCAGUGUGCCUGCAGUUGAGGCACUGCAGAUGGCUACGCUCAACGGUGCUCGUGCCCUUGGACUCGAGAAGGACAUCGGAUCGAUUGAAGUGGGGAAGCGCGCAGAUGUGAUCGCCGUCGAGUGCGACAGUAUCGAGAUGAUCCCCAUGUACAGCGCUAUCAGCCACAUCGUGUAUGUGGCUGGACGCGAGCACGUCUCGGACGUCUGGAUCAAUGGCAAGCACUUGCUGGCUAACCAUAAGCUGACGACUAUCGACGAACAAGACGUCAAGAAGAGUGUGCGUGAGUGGGCCGCCAAGAUCUGCGCACACCGCGAGCAGAAGACUGAACAACUCUAA